AUGAGAUCGAUUAUUCCAAAAGAUAAUUCAUCAUUGGUUGUAGCUACUAUUGCUGAACAUCCGAUACAUGAUUCGAAAGAUCUUAAUUGGGCACUCGGAAAAGCUAACCUAUGGCAUUUUGUAACCAUACCGGGUGAAGUAGAUGGAAGCAAUCGACAUCAUAAUCAGAAGUUUAAUAUUAAGUGUGCAGCUUCGAAUGAACUAAAAUUAGAACAA